AUGAUCAAUAUGCUUCAGGCAGGACGCGCUGCUGAUGCGGAGAAGAUUAGCGAAUUGCUACUGGAUUAUCGUGGAUUAUCAUUAGUUACAGGAGGACAAUUAAAUCUUACACAACAUGCUACUUUAUUCAAUAUAUUCUCGCAUUUUUCAUCUAGCCUGAAAGGAGGGAGUUUGGGAACGGGACCAGCUGAGGACGCAUCAGUCGCAGGCUUUAAUAUGGCUGUCUCUGGAUCUGUUGCUGGGGAUUUAUUAGAACAGGCAUAUGCGUUGGUAGAAAGGAUCAAAGCAGACCCCACAAUUGAUUUCAAUAAUGACUGGAAGUUCGUCAACAUAUUCAUAGGGUCAAAUGAUCUGUGCUUUGUAUGUCAGAAUGAAUCUAUUUACGGAGCUGCUCAGUACGUAUACAACGUCCGCAGCACUCUUCUAUACCUUCGAGAUAACCUUCCCAGAACAUACGUCAACCUUCUUCCACCGUUCCAUAUCGAAAUCCUUCUCGAAACCCACAAAAAUAAUGAUGCGUUUUGCGAAGACUUCCAUAGGUAA